AUUCGUGUUGUGAUGUUCAGAGACUGGGGGCUUUCUCGCUCUGCCGGUGUCUGCUCGAGAGCUACUGCAUUCCUAAGGCCGGGGUUCUGAGAAUAUGAACAUAGUGGAGGUGUUGAAGUGACUUGACCUGCUCGCUUCUGAAACCCAAACGCCUAGUAAAUUGGGGGACCGCGGACCAACCCGCAACCCACCCCCCUCAACGACGGCGCCAUCCCCGACGACAAAGGCGCGACAACUGCUGCCAAUACAUCUGUGCCUUUCCAUUGACAGUUUACCUACAGCACCAUGUCGUCGUACCUCAACAAUCUCCUCACCAACACUACGUCACGAUACAACAACCUUCGACGGCAGCUUCUGUCCGACGGCGCAGACGGCGACACAGAAGAUGAUUCACACAUCUCGCGGGUGCUUCGCGCAUACUACACAGAGAAAGGCAGGCCGUUCCCGCAAUGGCUGCCGGCCGACCCCAAAACGCCGCAACCUGCGCCCGCCCAGUUCGCGUCAUCAUCUGGACGACAGCAAGGACAAGCACCAGCAAUGGGGCGAGGUGGAGGACUGAGUGAUCUGUGGGAUACUCCUCAGCCGCAGCAACCACCACGAGAGCCGCUCUCGUUGCGCCGAGGAGCUGGAGCACGGGGAGGAGGGGCACGUCCACUCCAGGCCCGCAUGGGCAGCUCGCUGACACCAGAGCCGCAAGUUCAUGGCAGGCCUCUACCAAGUCAAAGAGCUGGGAGCUAUCAGACCACACUGGGAGGACGCCCACAAAUGGACCCGUCACCCCCGCCAAGCGCAGGAUCAGGGACAUCAGCUCAGGAGAGGCUCAAGGCUAGGCUAUGGGGAUCAGGGCGGUCCAGUAGCCCAGUACAGAGUGCGCCGUCGACAGAUUCGACUAGCAUGCGAAACCCAUACGAACGACCGACGCAGCAACAAGGCGGACGAGUGCCUUAUCCCGACGAGCGCAGUAACAGCUAUGGAAGCAAUGGCAGCGGUGGUGGAAGAGGGAACGACGACCCAUAUGCAUCACAAGGUGGAGGGGGAGGGGGAGGAUACGGUGGUAGCGCACCACCACAACGCGGCCCACAAGGUGGACGCGUUGGACUACCGAGCGGACCUCGCAUGCGUUAAUGAGUCUCGUGGCAUAUGCAGCAUGGCGCACUUGGAGUUUGUUUUUGGGGGG